AGCUGAGGUGAAAAAAUGAGAGAAGUUGGACGAUCGCCACAACGCCCACCGAUUUCCCUCGAUUUCUACCUUAUCUGGAAUAUCAUAGUCGUCCUGUGUCUCAUCGGUAUGUUCAUCUACCUGAUAUUCUUCUUUAAGUGAGAGAGAGACAACAAAUAGCCUGGAAUUAGAGACACUGAUGGUGGGAGGACAUGUUUUGUGUGACACUUGCCAGGUUGAUCAGCUGUUCUUGUGUCAACACUUGAGAAGAUGAUUUAAGACGUCUCUCCUUGUUUUACACUCUGGGACACUAUAAUACCAUGUCAGGUGGAGCCUUCCUGACUGUGCGUGUGUUGGCAGAAAUAUUAGUGGGAAAAUAUCCAGUUUUGUGACUAAUUUUAAUAAGGAAAUGUGGGUUAUAUUCAAACAUAUAACAAAUAAACCAGUGGGAAAGUUUAGAAAUUUUAACUUCAGUAAUCUAUUUGACAAAUAUUCAAUAUCAUUCUAACUUUAGCAGUCGAAAAUACGAAUACUGAAUUUUUAACCUUUGCUAGGUGUGUGCACACUACACCUUUAGAAUAUAUCAGUGAUGGAGGUGCAGGAAAGUAGACAGAAGGAGCUUCACGCAGCAUACUUGUGUGUGAAGCACAGUGUGGCUGAGGACCUCACUAGUUAUGAAGACAUCAAGCGAGCCCUGCAAUAUGCUGGACAUAACCCCACACCAUCAUUUUUGGCCAAGUGCUGGCAAGAAGGCCAAACGGAGAGCAUAACAUAUGAAAACUUUUGCAGCUUAGCUGAACAACUACCAGAAAUUGUAAUCGAUGAUAUGGAAAUGCUGUUCAUGAAGGUGUUUGGGAAUGCUGAUGGAAAAGUCAGUGAAGAAGAAUUUAAGAAUACAUUGACUUCUGGUGAUCAUGCUAGAGAUCUGAGUGAUGCUGACCUUGACUAUAUACUUCAAGAAGCUAAUAUAGUUACAGAAGGAGUUGUUGACUGCAGUAAAUUGUGUAAAGUGAUCCAUCAUACCAUUAAUGAAAUGAAGCAGCUGAGUUUGCAAAAACUUGAAGAACGUUCAGCCUUCCAGCGGAUCAAUUCCAAAACAUUUACAAGAAAAAAACGAGAGAAAUGCUCAAAGGUAGAAGGCAACUUAUCCCAUAGUUUGUCAUCUCAGUCCUCUUUAAAUUUGGAUGGGUGGAAUGAAGCAAGUCUGAAAGGAUGUUUUUAUCUCGACAAGCAGAGUGUACUCGCUCACCAAUAUUUUAUGGAAGUGUCAUGCAUGGGCCCAACUGUUGUCAAAGUUCGGCCUAAGAGUUACAUGAAGCAAGAACCUGGCAGAGGACCUGUAGACACACUAGCAUAUAUUUUCCGUGAAUCACCUGAGGGAAUGCGGAACUAUAUAGGUUUCACGGACCAAAAAGAUAGUGAUGGCUCCCAUUUCUGGCGAGAUACUCUGAAAGAAGGCCGAUAUGUUGUCAUUCCCUACACAAGUGGAUGUCGUCUUCGUGAGAGGGCACAGGAGCCAAAAGGAUAUAUAGAUCUUGUAGAAAACCAAGGUAUGGUGCAGCUGACUUCAGAAUUUCGUUUAGUUUUGGAAGAAAUGUUUGACCAAGUGGAUCUGGACAGUAAUGGUCGUCUGAACCGACAGGAGUUUAAUCUAUACAAUUGGAAGACCUCUGGGGAGGAAGUUCAGGAUGAUGAGUGGACUGUGGUGCAAAAUAACUUUGAUGUAGAAGAUGGUGAGUUAACCCUUAGUGGUUUUUUAGCACUACACCAGCUUGAAGCUGAGGAUAAUGGAGGAGACUCUGAAGACCUUUGGGUGUCAUUGGAAGCAAUGGGAUACAAUCGACUGGGGAGGCAGGAUCAGGCAGCUCCAUUUACAAUAAGUGUCCACAGUCAAGUAUGCCACCCAGUUCUGCAGGUGUCAGGGCUUAAAAGUGGUGGACUUCUUUUGGACAAGGCUGUUGUACGAUCAAUAAUGGAAAAUGCUCAGCCCAUCAAGAUAAAGAAUAUGAUAGAUCUUAUAAAAUAUGAGUACAUUGGGGAGCAUCGAGCAAGUAUUGUGAUUCAGAACAAGGCACACAGCAAAGUUAGUGUUCGUGUGGAUUGCAGCAAAAGUGCCAAUGUGGUUACCAACAGACCCAGUAUGGAUUGGACAGUUGAAGUAGCAGGAAAAUCUGCAAUCAUUGCCCACCAGCUGCUACCAUUGAGACUUGGAGAAGAUUGGAAUGUGGUGUGUGAGGCUGUGGUUACUAACGAGUUGGCUGAAGAAGAGGAAUAAGGUAUAAUGGCAGUCAUAAAAAUCACACUGUAAGAAACAUGGAAGGGAAGACAGUGUUUGUCACUGUUGGCACUACUCGUUUUGAUGCCUUAAUUCAAGCUAUUACUGAGGAAGAUACUCUGGCCAUUUUACGAGAAAAAGGGUACACCAAAGUUACACUUCAAAUCGGACAAGGAGAAUUCAUACCACAAGAUGGAGAAUUCCACGGAGUCACAGUAACUCAUUUUCGGUUGAAACCAUCCAUUGACGUGGAUUUUGCUACAGCAGAUCUUGUGAUAAGUCAUGCAGGUGCUGGGUCUUGCUUGGAGGCACUAGGGGCAGGCAAACCCUUGGUAGCUGUAGUCAACAACACACUGAUGGCCAACCACCAAACUGAACUUGCAGAGCAACUUGCUGACAGUGGGUUCUGCUUUUUUUGUUACCCCAACACACUGCAAGAGAAGCUUACCACCAUGGAUAUUUCACAACUCCAGACCUAUGUUCCAGGUCAACCCAAGCUCUUAGCACAGUAUUUGAACUCUGUAAUUAAAGUAACUUCAUAAUUUCUGGAUUGAGUUUGCUACAAGCAAAGAGUGUUUACAUAGUUUUAUAGCUUGUAUUUUCUUUGUAGAACACAGUACUGUACUUCAGAUAUGUAUUUGAGUAACCCUUAAGUAUAUUGUAUUAUGAAGACAUGAAAUUAAAUAUUGCCAUACUCAGUUA